CUUACUCUCUGACCGAUUUCUCUGCAAACAGCUGAUUCUUUAUUUACCACUAAAUUGUCGACGGAAAACGCCACCGAGGAAGUCAAUUAGCAAGUUAAACACCUUAAUUUAUGUAAAAUCCACGUCUAGACAAUGUUCGGAAGCCUUAAAAAGAAGCUGAGCAGUGCGAUUCAGGAGGGACUGGUCAUCUCCGAGAAUUUGCAGCAGCAAUAUCGCCAGCGUGUCAGUUCUGGAAACUCGGGUAGUCAACCAUCAAGCGCCGCCACUACUCCCACAUCACCAUUGGGUCUCAAUGAAAGUCUGUCCUCGAGCCGCAGCAGCAAUCUCUCUCUAAGUUCCCCUUUCCAACUGGCAGAUGGAAUUCCAACGCAUUUAAACGUGGCUGCAGGUUGUGGUUUGCUGGCCAAAUACGAAGAUGAUUGGCAGAAAAUCCAUGUGGCCAAUGAGGAGAAUGCGGAGAAGGCCUCGGCUAUUGCCAAUCAGAUCUCUGGAGUGCAACAAAAGGCUAGUAACCAACGAAAGAUCAUCAGCGAGUUGAACAGCAGUCUGGCGGGGAUCCCCAGUUUGAUAUCACAGCUGAAGGCCAGCACGAAAACCCUGCAAUCUUUAGAGGAGAUGGGCAACCAAUUGGAGGUGGAAUUGGAGAAGCUGGAGGAUCUGUGCGAGGAGUGCGAGCUGCAGGAGUUUAUGCUCGAGCAGCAGUUCCAGCUAUCCCGUCACAAACAGAAGAAACUCAACGAUUUGGAGCAGUACAGGCAAAAGAUAGCCACACAGCACCAGACCAGAAUCCAGGACCACGAGCAAAAGCUACUAAAACUGCAGAGAGAAAGACAGGCUGUUUUUGACGAUGCAUUUCGGAACGACAUGGAGGAGUACAAACAGCACGGGCAACUGACGAAAAUUCAAACCACCGGAAAUGCAACCAAACUGGAGGAGGUAGUCCUUGAGCCCACCGAGAGGGAGGCCCACGAUGCCUUGGAACAGUUUCUUAAUGGAUAAUAGGCUCGGCCUUUUUAUUAAAGACUCCAACCUGUGCCUUAAAGUGCAAUAUGCAGCGUAAUUUGUUAAUAAAACUAUUUUUGGGGAGAACCUCUUUUGUAUGUAG